UCCAACGCCAGGUCCCCAGUGAUCGGCCACUUCUCCGAGACCCUGUCUGGUGCGGCAAACAUCCGGGCCUACGAUAUGUCCAAACAGUUCAUCGACGAGUUCAACCUUCUGGUGGACACCCAUCAUAACACUACUUACGAGGCGACGGUAGCUAAUCGAUGGCUGUCCACUCGGCUGGAGUUUCUGGGCUAUAGUAUCGUGUUUAUCGACGCCUUGUUUAUAAUCCUGACGCGAAAGUCCGUGAGCCCUGGUAUGGCGGGCCUCACCCUCACGUACGCCAUGAAAAUCACCGGUAAUCUGAAUGCUGUGGUGAACGCGAGUACGACAUUGGAAACGGAUAUCGUGUCCGUCGAGCGGUGUAUUGAAUACACCCAAACCCCCACUGAGGUACCGGUAGUUUGA